UAGUUUUGGCAGUGUCUCUUCUGAUUUGUAUUUAUCAGUCCACAGGUUAGAACAUCUAGCCAAACAUGAGCCGUUUCUGCUUGCAGGGAUCAAGAAAUAUGUUGAUGCACAGCCACUGGGAGUUCCAGCAGAAAUUGUUAGAUUCAUUAACGAGACUGAGAUAAGGCUAUCAAACAAGUCGGGUCUAUUGCAUAAUAUUCAUCAUCCCAUCAACGCUUUCCAUUUAGUGGAGAGAUUUGUCUUCAAUUGGUUGUAUCUCUUUGAGAAACUAUGUUGCAAGAAAUGUACCAAAGUGAAGGCGGUCCAAGAUUUUAAAACAGCUACUGAAUAUGCCUUGAAUAACGUUACGCGACUUCCGGUCUUGAAGGAUAUGAAUGGCACUAUGCGAGCUAUUUUCCGACUCUGGAGAACCUACAAACUGGACAUCAAUAAACUUCUUCAGGGAGAUAUUCUCGGACAUAAAGCGUGGCCGAUGAAUCAGAAACAUUUGGUACGACUGAUCCUCUUUGCUGCGGGGAAUCCUGAAUUUUAUUAUGAAGAACUUGUGCUCCGGACCAAGAUGGCGGAGAUAACGAAAGGAACGCAGUACCAAUACGGCGUAGCCUACGACCUAGCUUUAGCAUAUUACAAGCAUGGAUUUAUCAGCACUGCAAAGACCAUCUUGGAGUCACUUCUGCCCUUAGGGAACAAGGCAAUGGCACAGACUUACAAUGAUCUGCUCAAACAUCCUCUGGUCAAUGUAAUCAAAGAACUGACGCUCCCAGAACCCGUCCACCCCGUGCAUGAUGAACUAUGUCAAAGGGAGAUUAAGACUCCAAAACAAUUAUCAAAACUUAGAUGUAGAUACAGAAGAACUCAGAUACCCAUUUAUUGGUCCAAAGAGGAAAUACUUCACUAUGAUCCAUGGAUAGCUUUGUAUCAUGACGUCAUUUCCGAUCAAGAGAUUAAUAUUGUGCUAAAUAAUUCAAUCACACAGAUGGCAAGGUCAGACUUGACUGGUUCAACCAACGCGACGAAUGAGGACGUGAUGGCAACGUAUUGGUUAUCAGAGCUUAGGACAAAAUCACUGUUUCCGUUGACGAAGAGAAUUGAGAUAAUAACUGGACUGUCAACUUCUGUAUCCAAGCUGUUCUCCGACUCGGAAAACUACGAGAUUAAUCAUUUUGGUAUCGGUGGGAUGAUGAAACAGCAUUUUGACUUUUUGAACAUUUCAUUGGGAGAGUACCAGAAGAACGUAGAGAGAAGCGUCCGAAUGUCUGGUGAUCGCGUGGCUACUUGGAUGUUUUAUUUGACAGACGUAGAAAAAGGCGGGGCAACAGUGUUUCCGGAAGCAAAAGUCCGGGUUACAGUUACCAAGGGUGCCGCCUUGUUUUGGUAUAACAUCAAGAGAAACAGUGAGAAAGACCAAAGAAGUUUGAAUGCUGAUUGUCCCGUCAUAAUCGGAUCCAAGUUUGUGUGCAGAAAAUGGAUACUAGAAGCAGGUCAAGCAUUCAGGAGAAAAUGUGGAUUAUCUCCCUUUUCCACGGAAUUAGCUGAUAAUUGAAAAUGAGGAAUACUUUUUUGUUUUAAUGAAUCUUUAAUGAAUAAUUAUAC